UCACGUACGGCCGGAAGCGGGCUCAAAUUUGAACAGCCAUCACAGCGACAAUAAGCGCACUUUCUCUUUACGGUGCAGACCAACAGGAGGAGUCCAAGCUGAAGUCAGCAGUAUGGAGGAGGAGGUUAAAAUGGCUGACGCGGAGCAAGCAGAGACUGUGAACAAUGAAGGGGAGACUAGUGCCGAAGUGCCCAACAACAACAACAACAGUCCGAUUAAAAGGGGAAGAGGGAGGCCGCAAGGUUCCAAGAAACUCAAGGUUUGUGUCACAGAUGUUAACCUAACAGACCCGAUGGUGGCCGAUGCCAACGGUGGGUCUAUACCGCCCAAGAGGGGACGAGGGCGUCCAAGAUCAGUAGGGUCUGGCAGCCAUCCUGACAAUUCUGUCAAACGUGGUAGGGGAAGGCCGAAAGGGUCCAAGAAAGCAGUCAGUAACGACGGCACUCCGAGGAAAAGAGGCAGGCCGAAACUCAGCAAAAGUACAGCCAGUGGAGACUUACCGAACGGAGUAAAGAGCGGGGAAGAGAACGGAGGGAGUUCUUUACCACCCAGGAAACGAGGUCGACCAAAAGGCUCUCCCAAUAAGAAACCCAGGUUGAUGGCAGAGGUGGACGGAGAAGGUGACGUAAACUCACAGAAAAGAGGGAGAGGUCGGCGCAGAAAGGUGGCGGUGAAGGAUUCGUCGAACGGCAUCUCAAAGACACCUGGGAAAAGAAAAAGAGGACGGCCAAGAAAAGAUCAGAUGUCCGCAGAUGGCUCCCAGCCGGUAAAGAGGGGAAGAGGUCGGCCUAAAGGCUCUGUAAAUAAGAAACCCGGUGCGUAUAAGGUGCGCGGCAAAGUGGGCCGGCCCAAGAAAGUACACGUCCUGCCUGUAAAAGGGAAGAAGCGUGGUCGACCCCGACUACAACCAGCCAAAAGGGGAAGGCCGAGGAAGAACCCUCUGCCAUCACCGGAGGAGCUGAACAAGCCAAAAGUCUGGAAGCCGCUGGGAAGGCCGAGGAAGUACCCUCGUGUUGAUCCUCCGGAGGGCGCUACGCCAACCCCACGCCGAAGCCGCGGCCGACCUCGCAAGUCGGAGUCUAAGAAAGGCGCGCACUUGCGCAAAGGUUUGCUUAACAGUGGAUCACCACAGAACCCUGGGGACGGAUCUCCGAGAAAGAGGGGCCGCCCCCCGAGCAUUGCAAGAAGCGGAGACGACAUCCCGCGGAAAAGGGGCCGCCCUAAGGGUUCGCUCAGCAAAAAUAAAGCCACAGGUGACACGCCGCUCGACAGCACGCUCCCCGAAGCAACCAGCGAGUCGCCGGCGGUCGGGGUGCAAAAUGAAGCGGAGGUGGUAGAAAGGGAGGUGGAGCUGAGCACGGAGCACGCAGUGGAUACGGAAGAAACUCUCAUCGAUCAGGACGUAAGCUUUGAUGUUAGUGACCAGGCUUGAUGAACGAUUCCGGUCUGACCAAAAAAGUUGCUGUAGUAAUUGCUGUUUAAAACAUAGAAAUACAUUCUUGUCAAAUGGAAAAAAAAACAAACCUGUUUUUAACAUUUUGUCAGUUGGCUAGUCUAGAUAUUAAGCAGCUCUUCUGUUUUUCUGACUAACUUCAUCUUGUUUUUACUGUGCUUGAUUUUUUUAAUACGUUUAUUUGUAUCAUCCGAGUUAGCAGAAGUGCUAAUAACCUUUUACUAGAACUGGCAUGUGGAGGUAAUUAUUCUAGACGGAUCGUUCCAGUUUUCAUUCAGCUUUCAGAUGUAGUGUUUGUCAGUUUAGUUGUGAUAGUAAAAAAAAUUUUGGCUGGGGAUCGACUUUGGAGGGGAGAAAAAAAAGUCAAAAAAAAAAAAGUCGAAAAAAAGCAAAAGGAAAAAACUAUAAAAAAGCUUCAGUUUGUCAAUGCAGUCUCUCGUUAAUUGUUUCUUUCACGUGUCUUAUGUGUUUUCAUCUGAAAUAUGAAAUGUAUUCCCAGGGUUUCUGUUCCGUAACAUGAGGCAUAUGAGUCGAGCGAUGUGGGGCUCAAUCACACGAUCUUCACUGAUCUGCUGUUCAAGUCCCACAAGAAAACGACUAAGUCUGGAAGAUUUAGUCCGUUGCCCCAAAUCUCAUAUGACUGGAUAAGUUUCCGUGUACGCCCUUAAGUCAUCAGAAGUAUUGUAAUGUUGUACAGGAAGAGAGAGGCAAGAGAUUUUGAUAUUACGAUACUAAAAAUGAUUUUUUUUAAACCUACAUUUGGCAUAUAUUAAGAGCUAUAUGCCAAAUGUAGGACGCAGGAUUAGUAAAAGUUAGUUUUUAUUAUUUCGUUGUGUCUCUAUAGUUGCUAUAAUUGAUAUUUUUAUAACCGUGUGUGACGGAGCUGCUCGUAGAAAUGAGCCGUGAAAGAGUUACCGCCUGAAUCUGCAGCUCUGCUCGACAAAACUUUGUGAGUUUUGUGUAGCUUUUGGCUGAACAGUGUCGGUGUUUUGGUUCAAUCUCGCUGCUGUCUUGAUGUUUCAGUGGAAAAGCUCUAAAAGUGGCAGACAACAGUAGCAACCGUCUGGUGGAGAUGGACUAAAGAGUGAUAUGCGGUGGUGCUUGGAUAAGAAAUUAGUGUUUCUACGUAAAUACGACCAUCAGAGUUUCACACCCAAGUGAAUGAACAAAAUGAUCAUACUUGGUUGUUCCUAAAGGGUUCGCCUCCUUUUUAGCACCACUGCAUUUUCUUUAGUUGUUGGUAGAGGCUAAAAAUUGACGCUAAAAAAAAAGAAAUCAAGAUUGCAUUUACGUUGAGAUUGCCAGAAGCACGACUACAUGAAGUGCAGGAUGAACCGUUUCUUCAUGAGUUCACCACAACGGUUUGAAAUGUGGCUAUAACUCAGUGUUUUGUUCACACCGGCUCGAUUUCGUUGCCCUUAAGUGGUCAAAAAUAUCUUUCAUAGCAAGUUUAAGCCACAGUAGUCGGUCACACAUGAGAAACAGUAAUGUUGGAACACAAAAUAGUAUACCAGGCUCAGUUUUUAGCCGUUUGUGUCAUUCCUAAUGUUGAUUUUAAUGACGGUCUGUGCUUUGUUUUGUUUAUUUCCUCUUAAUUUUCUUAACAUUUAUUUAACCAGGAAAACCUUUGAGAUUAAAAAUCUCUUACCCGAGAGUGUCUUGGCAGAACAGAACCUGGACGUUGAGGUUUUUGACUCUCUGUUGAGUAUCUGUGAGGAGAGUUUGGGGGCUUUGGAGAUGAAUACUGUCUAAAUUAUGCCGCGAUUUCCUCUACGCCAUUUCGCAGUCGGUCAUGGCUCCAUAUUUGUUUUUUGCCUUAAUUGCCAAAGCUUUGAAUGUACCAUCCAUUACUGAGAUCGACAAGUUGUUCUGCGCUGACCGGCCCGUCGACGGCUGGCUAAACGCGUUCCUCAAGAGGAAGAAAAGCUCCGUAUCGAACACCUUCCUGCCGCUCACAGGAAGGUUUCCUCCUUUUUGAGUUUCCGAUGUUAACGAGUUGCAGUCAUUAUUCAUUUAUUUUCUCUAAAUGUAAGUGUGUAGCUGUGAAGCCUUUUCUUUUUUUUUUUUUUUUAUUAUGUUUUGGGACUGUAAUGAGAUCAAAAUCAAGCGAUUGGAUUGAUUUCACGAACAUUCAUUUCCUUGUUUUGAAGACCUUGUAUAAACCAUCACACCUGAUAUUAAACAGCUUUCUUUGGUCGGGUCAAACGAUUGAAGUUUCUAAAUGCCAAGUUGUGCUUCUUCUGUGAGUCGCGGAGAAGGAGGCUCAAAAAGUUUUAAAAAAUCACCGUGAAAUUUGACCUGGCUUCGUGAAGUCGAAUCAUUUUAAGUGGACAUUUGCUUUUCUGUGUGUUUUGAACAACAAGCCAAUAAUUUGUGAGAUUUUGGUCGAAUUGAAAUAAAAUGUUAAUCUUGCCGUUUUAUUUCCCACA